AUGGGCAAUGCUCAAGAAAAACCGAAUCACCAAGAAGUGGACAACCCAAUUCUAUCCAGAUACCAUUUCAAUUUUAUCAAUAUCAUUGGACGUGGAGGCUUUGGCAGGGUUUGAAAAGUCGAACUAAAAAAAUCCAAGAAAUUUUACGCCAUGAAGGAAAUGCUCAAGUUGAGAGUCGUCAGCAAACGCAGCGUUUCUUCUGUGAUGAAUGAGAGACGACUUCUCUCAAUGAUAAAGCACCCGUUUAUAGUGAAUAUGCAGUAUGCUUUCCAAGAUAGAGAAAACCUUUAUCUUGCUAUGGACCUCAUGACAGGUGGAGAUCUCCGAUAUCACCUCUCACAAAACAAGAGGUUCACCGAAGAACAGACCAAGUUUUUUGUCGCCUGCAUUAUAACAGGCCUGGAAUAUCUCCAUAUAAAUGGAAUUAUACAUAGAGAUAUAAAGCCAGAAAAUUUAGUUUUCGAUCAUAAAGGAUAUUUAAGAAUAACAGACUUUGGGAUUUCUAAAGUGAUAGCACCGGAAAAUUAUAGGGAUACCUCAGGAACACCUGGAUAUAUGGCUCCUGAGGUCAUGUGCAGGCAAAAUCAUGGGAUGGCUGUCGAUUACUUUGCAGUUGGAGUCAUGGGAUAUGAAUUUAUGACUGGCAGAAGGCCGUAUUUGGGCAGAAAUAGAAAAGAAAUUAAAGAACAAAUUUUGGCCAGACAAGUUCAGCUUAAAAAAUCUGAUGUCCCGCCUGGAUGGUCUAUGGAAGCUGCAGAUUUUAUUAAUAAACUACUGCAGAGAAAAGCUCAGAACAGGCUGGGCAAUAAAGGACCUUCAGAAGUCAAGAACCACGCAUGACUAAGAGAUUUUCAAUGGAAAAAGCUACUUGAAAAAUCCCUUGAUGCCCCGUUUUUGCCUCCAAGGCAAGAGAACUAUGAUGCAAGAAUUUUCAGCGAUUUUAAAGAUGAAAUUGACGAAUCACUCGUGCAAGAAUCUAUUCAAGGGCUUUUUGCUGGGUAUCAGUUUGAUUCCCAUCUCUUGAAUAGCAAAGAUGAUGAGUCAACGGUGCAAAUCAAAAACUCUGGCAAAAGCUCAAGAAGACUGGCAUCAUAG